AGGGCACGAGGUGAGACGGAAAAGGCGGAGCGCACCCUGGACGAGCAAGGACUUUGGCGGGGAGCUGCCGGAGUGAGCCGCAGUCAUGGCUCCUCUGCGCUUCGCAGCCAACCUGUCGUGGUUGUUCUCGGAGCAGGGCUCGGCGCUGAGCGCGCGCCUCGAGGCCGCAGCCCGGGCUGGCUUCAGGGCGGCGGAGGUGGCUUGGCCAUACGGGGAGACCGCGGCGCAGUUGGCGGCUGCCUUGAAGACAACGGGGCUGCGGCUAGUGCUGCUCAACACACCGCCGGGGGCCACGGACCUCGGGGAGCUGGGGUUGGGUGCCGUGCCCGGGCGCCAGGACGCCUUCCGAGAGGGGCUGGAGCUGGCGGUGGCGUACGCACGGGAGCUCGGCUGCCCCCAGGUGCAUCUGAUGGCAGGUCGCGUCCCGCAAGGUGCGGAGCGCUCCGCCGUGGCCCGGGACAUGGAGACCGUGUUCGUGGAGAACCUGCGGCACGCCGCCGACGUGCUGGCCCGCGAGAACCUCGUGGGGCUCGUGGAACCCAUCAACAGCCGGCUCACGGACCCGCGCUACUUCCUGGACACGCCUGAGCAGGCUGCCUCUAUCCUGCGCCGGGUGGAUCGGCCCAAUCUGCGGCUGCAGCUGGACAUGUUCCACUGGCAGAUCAUGGGAGGGAACCUGACUGCCAACAUCCGUGCCUUCUUGCCUCUGAUCGGGCACGUGCAGGUGGCCCAGGUCCCCGACCGGGGCGAGCCCGACAGCCCCGGGGAGCUCAACUUCCCCUAUUUGUUUCAGCUAUUGGAGGAGCUGGGCUACACAGGCUACGUGGGCUGCGAGUACCGUCCGCGCGGAGACACUAAUGAAGGGCUGGGCUGGCUGCGGGCCUAUUGGGAGAGCCGAGGGCUGGCCCCGGGAAACGCUGAGAGCCAAGCAGAUGUCCCAACUUAAGAAGUGGCCCCUCCAUCCUCCAACUGCCCGUUCCUAAGACACCAGCCCACAAAACAUAUGUAUCUCUUCUGAUAGAAUGGAAACUCCUCCGAAACUGUUUAAACUUAACCUUUGUAUCCCUUUGUGUGCCAGAGCUGCCAUUUGCUUAAUAAAUGCUUACUGUUUGAUUUGAAAAAUUA